UGUAUCCAGCCACGUGGUGCUCUUUCCCGCCCGAGAACAGUUCUACACGCUAGUUCGACGGCUCCACAGGCUUGGACGCACGUCUUUUUACUUUAACACGCGUUAAUCGUAUUUCGAAACGAAUCGAAACGCUCAAACUUUGAAGUGGACGAAAGGGUUUAGAUAAAUAUGUAAUAAAGUGUUCAUUCGUGAUCCAUAUUGAUGUGAAAAAUGUACGUUUGUCAAACAUUCGUGAUAGCGGUAGCCGGAAAUUUUGCGGCGCUCAGCUAGAUCAACAGACACGAAUAUGGAGACUGACAAGAUGUCGACCGCCUCGUCCGUGGGCGCUGAGCGGCGACCGUUGAUGCAAGCACUCGUGAUCGAAAGGAGAAUUUUAUUCGCUUGUACGAUAUUAAUCGGUCUCUGUACAUUCGUUUGGAUCACAGCUGUUUGCACCGAGAAAUGGGUCCAUAUCCAAACUGAGAAUGGUAUCUUCUUACCGACCCGAGGUGGAUACUUCAUGUGGAGCGAUUCUGGUGUUUGGGAGAUAUGCCGAUACGUUUUCCAUUCAUCCGACCCUCCAUUAAGGCAUAAUGCAACGCACUUGGCGACACCUAAUCCGUUCGACGUGAGCGGAUUAAAAGGCGAAUAUUUUACAAAUUGUACAAAUUACUUAGCACAGCCGACGAUGAAGAAUGGCAAGCCAGCUGAUCCCGCCUAUGAUAUUGACAUAGCCAAUUACGUGCGAACAAUGAUCUCCUUCGGCAUCAUCAGUCUUUUUGUAAUGGCGAUGGGAUGUGGCUUCUCCGUGUACACCUUCAGAAACCCGCGUUACAUGUUUAAACGUCUCGCUGCUGGCAUACACUUCAUAAGCACCGCAUGUACAUUCGUCGUGGUUCAAGUAAUGAUGUCUUCCGUGGACCAUAUGAAAAAGAACUUGAAGUUUAUUUAUCCCGAACGUGCCUAUCAUUAUUUCCACAUCAGCUUCUUCCUGGCGUGGUUCGUGGUUUUGGUGAAUCUCUUUGCAGCUGCUUCGUUCCUCUGGUACUCUCGUAAAAGGAAAGGCGACAAAGCAGCGACAGACGAACUAGCGAUGGCCGACGAGCCGACGAUCAUCGGUCGAUGACGCUUCAGACUCAACUCCAUACGACCUCUCCUGUCGAAUGGACAUUUUCUCAAUUCUAUAUUGAACAGUGCUCAAUUGACCAAUAGCUGUAAAAGUUAUGUUAUGAAUGUCUUCCACGUAUACUUCAAAAGUAAGCGGGUUUGUAAAAACUCUGCUGAAUACGACAACUUAAGUUAAAACAUCGCCAGGAUUCAACGAUUAAAUCCUGAACUUAUUUAUUCUCUUGAACUACUAGUUACGUGCCGUCGUAAUAAAUUAAAUCAAGCUGUUUCGUAAACUAGCUAACUUGCUUAUCUAUUUUUAAUUGAUUUACGCGAUGUUAUAAUUUAAGUCUGUAGAGUUAUUAUGUAAGAACGAACUCGAAAUUCACCGCAGAAAACGAUUUCAAAAGAAAAUUUCAAAAAAGUCGUAUGCGAAAUUAACUACUAUAAUUAUUACAUUAAAGGAUCGAAAUAGCGUAAAACCGUAAGUCGGUUAUUAACAUUUCACAAGUGAGACACGAAGUGAGUUCUUACAGAUAAGCUUCGCUGUAUUUUAUUGAGAGAUGGUAUAUCUAAAAAUAUAUUCUACAUUUGGCGAUUUUUUAAUUGCGUCUUGUUAAUCUUGUAAGCGUCUGAUGUAUUGUUAUUGUUAUUUCGUUUCUGGCUUGCGAUGUGUUAUGCGUGAAAUUGUAUAUUGUGUAUAUUCCUUAGACCUAUGAGAUUAACAACAUCCUUACUGUUGAUAUAUUAAGUAUCAUAUUUCUCAGUGCGAUUCAAAUUAGCUUAGAAAUAUUUCUUACUAAAGGACCAGAUGUUGGAAAUGAUAUCAAUGUUUAUUUAUUAAUAAUUAUUAUUGAAAUAAAACAUAUCUAAGAAAUUGAUCUAUUUUAAUAUAAUUCUUGAACAUUUUUCUAUAUACAACUAGCAUUAUUCUAUGCGUAUUUGAAUCGUAUUUGAUUAUAUUUAUCGUUGCUGCCAUAAGAUUAUUAUGUAAUAUAUAAACGCAUAAUGUAAAUCUUUAUCUAGUCAAACUAUUUACUUAUACUCGUAUUGGAACUAUUU